AUAAAAGCCCUGGACUUCUCCCCAGCGGCUUGUCACACUGACCUGCACCAUCUCUCCACUGCUCGUGGGGUUUCUGUCAGCUAGCACUGGAGGGGAGCAAAUUCUUUGGAGAAUAACAUUUUACUGUGGUCAUGCCAGAACCCAUUAAGAAAGAGGAAAAUGAAGUGCCAGCCCCAGCGCCAGCCCCGGCCCCGGCCCCACCUCCAGAAGAACCAAAAAAACAGAAGGUGGCCGGAACUACCCCAGGAAAAGAUGAAGAGGAAGUCUCCCCGCCUAGUGCCCUGCCUCCAGGUCUGAGUAGUCGGGCCCUGGAAAGAAAAGAUUCAGAAUGGUCUCUUGGUGAACCUGCUGGGGAAGAACAAGACAAGCAGAAUGCCGAUUCCCAGUUGUCCACCCUGUUAGUAGAAAAGCCUCAGUCAGGAACAGUGAAAGUUGGUGAAAAUAUCACCUUUAUAGCCAAAGUCAAGGCUGAAGAUCUUCUUAGAAAACCCACUAUCAAAUGGUUCAAAGGGAAAUGGAUGGACCUGGCCAGCAAAGCUGGGAAGCACCUCCAGCUCAAGGAAACCUUCGAAAGGCACUCUCGGAUAUACACAUUUGAGAUGCAGAUCAUCAAGGCCAAGGAGAACUUUGCAGGAAACUACAGAUGUGAGGUCACCUAUAAGGAUAAGUUUGACAGCUGUACAUUCGAUCUUGAAGUACACGAAUCGACCGGGACUACUCCAAACAUUGACAUCAGAUCUGCUUUCAAGAGAAGUGGAGAUGGUCAAGAGGAUGCAGGGGAACUUGACUUUAGUGGUCUCCUGAAACGUAGGGAGGUGAAGCAGCAGGAGGAAGAACCUGAGGUGGACGUGUGGGAGCUGCUGAAGAAUGCAAACCCGAACGAGUACGAGAAGAUCGCUUUCCAAUACGGCAUCACCGACCUGCGCGGGAUGCUCAAGCGGCUCAAGCGCAUGCGCAGGGUGGAAAAGAAGAGCGCAGCUUUUUCAAAAAUUCUUGAUCCUGCAUAUCAGGUUGAUAAAGGAGGCAGAGUAAGGUUUGCUGUGGAACUGACAGAUCCAAAGUUGGAGCUGAAAUGGUAUAAAAAUGGCCAAGAAAUUCGACCCAGUACAAAAUAUAUCUUUGAAUAUAAAGGAUGUGAAAGAAUCAUGUUCAUCAAUAACUGUUCGUUGACAGACGAUGCAGAGUAUUAUGUGAAAGCUGGUGAUGAGAAAUGUUCCACUGAGCUCUUCGUGAGAGAGCCUCCAAUUGUGGUGACCAAACUGCUAGAAGAUACAAAUGCCUACUGUGGGGAAAGAGUGGAAUUAGAAUGUGAGGUGUCUGAAGAAGAUGCCAAUGUAAAAUGGUUUAAGAAUGGUGAGGAGAUCGUCCCUGGUCCAAAAUCCAGAUACCGAAUUAGAGUUGAAGGCAAGAAACACAUUUUGAUCAUAGAAGACGCAACAAAGGCUGACAGUGCAGAGUAUUCCGUAAUGACAACAGGAGGACAGUCAUCUGCUAAACUUAGUGUCGACUUGAAACCUCUGAAGAUAUUGACACCUCUGACUGAUCAGACUGUAAAACUUGGAAAAGAAAUCUGCUUGAAGUGUGAAAUCUCUGAAAACAUCUCAGGAAAGUGGACAAAAAACGGCCUACCCGUUCAGGAAAGUGACCGUCUAAAGAUUGUUCACAAAGGAAGAAUCCAUAAGCUAGUGAUAGCCAAUGCUCUCACUGAGGAUGAAGGUGAAUAUAUAUUUUCCCCAGAUGCCUACUCUAUUACUUUGCCUGCCAAAGUUCAUGUUAUUGAUCCUCCUAAGAUCAUCCUGGAUGGUCUUGAUGCUGACAAUACAGUGACAGUAAUUGCAGGAAACAAGCUUCGUCUUGAGAUUCCUAUCACUGGAGAACCACCUCCUAAAGCCCUUUGGAGCCGAGCAGAUAAGGCCAUUAUGGAGGGCAGUGGCCGGAUAAGAGCAGAAUCUUACCCUGACAGCAGUACUCUGGUUAUUGAUAUAGCUGAAAGAGAUGACUCUGGGGUUUACCACAUAAACCUGAAAAAUGAAGCUGGAGAAGCACACGCAAGCAUCAAGGUUAAAGUUGUGGACAUCCCUGAUCCCCCAGUGGCACCGAAUGUGACGGAUGUGGGAGAUGACUGGUGCAUCAUGAACUGGGAGCCUCCUGUCUAUGACGGAGGGUCCCCAAUCUUAGGAUACUUCAUUGAGAGGAAAAAGAAACAAAGCUCCAGGUGGAUGAGGCUGAAUUUUGAUCUCUGCAAAGAAACAACUUUUGAACCCAAGAAGAUGAUUGAAGGUGUGGCCUAUGAGGUCCGCAUCUUUGCCGUCAAUGCCAUUGGCAUCUCCAAACCCAGUAUGCCCUCCAAGCCUUUUGUUCCUUUGGCUGUGACCAGCCCUCCUACUCUUCUUGCGGUUGACUCUGUGACGGACACCUCUGUGACGAUGAGGUGGCGGCCCCCAGACCAGAUCGGUGCCGCAGGCUUGGAUGGCUAUGUGCUAGAGUAUUGCUUUGAAGGAAGUACAUCAGCCAAACAGUCUGAUGAAAAUGGGGAGGCUGCACAUGAUCUGCCAGCUGAGGACUGGAUAGUUGCAAACAAAGAUCUGAUCGACAAGACCAAGUUUACCAUCACAGGUCUGCCCACGGAUGCCAGGAUCUUUGUGCGCGUGAAGGCUGUGAACGCCGCCGGCGCCAGCGAGCCCAAGUACUACUCUCAGCCCAUCCUUGUGAAGGAAGUCAUAGAGGCUCCGAAGAUUCGCAUCCCGAGGCACCUGAAGCAAACUUACAUCCGCAGAGUUGGAGAAACCGUCAAUCUGGUUAUUCCUUUCCAGGGAAAACCAAGACCAGAAUUAACCUGGAAGAAGGAUGGUGUAGAAAUUGAUAAGAAUCAAAUAAACAUUCGCAACUCUGAGACUGAUACAAUCAUAUUUAUCAGAAAAGCAGAGAGGAGCCACUCUGGGAAAUACGACCUGCAAGUCAAAGUGGAGAAAUUCAUGGAAAGUGCAUCAAUCGAUAUCCAGAUUGUUGAUCGUCCAGGUCCACCCCAAAUUGUGAAGAUUGAGGAUGUCUGGGGAGAGAACGUUGCUCUAUCAUGGGUGCCACCGAGGGAUGACGGGAACGCCGCCAUUACAGGUUACACUAUCCAGAAGGCCGACAAGAAGAGCAUGGAAUGGUUCACCGUCAUCGAGCAUUACCACCGAACCAAUGCCACCAUCACUGAACUGGUCAUAGGAAACGAAUACUUCUUCCGGGUCUUUGCUGAAAACAUGUGUGGCCUCAGUGAGGAUGCAACAAUGACGAAAGAGAGCGCUGUGAUUGCCAAGGACGGGAAAAUCUACAAAAAUCCAGUGUAUGAAGACUUCGAUUUCACAGAGGCACCCAUGUUUACUCAGCCUUUGGUUAAUACCUACGCUGUAGCUGGUUACAAUGCUACCCUGAACUGCAGUGUGAGAGGAAAUCCUAAGCCCAAAAUAACCUGGAUGAAAAACAAAGUUGCUAUUGUGGAUGAUCCAAGAUACAGGAUGUUCAGCAACCAGGGGGUCUGUACUCUGGAGAUUCGCAAGCCCAGCCCCUACGAUGGAGGCACUUACUGCUGCAAAGCAGUCAAUGACCUUGGGACAGUGGAAAUCGAAUGCAAACUGGAGGUGAAAGUGAUAUAUCAAGGAGUAAAUACCCCUGGACAACCAAUCUUCCUGGAGGGGCAGCAACAGGUUUUAAAAUUGUAUCACAAUAAGGAUUUUUGAAUGUAUAUUAUCAUCUAAGGUGGACUUUCCUUCUGCAGGCUCCUCUUGCAAGGUGUGCCGCCUAACAUAAUUGAUGCAUAUUUGCGAGACUUGCAAUCAAGCAAUCCUGAGGAAUAGUAAGGGCCUGGGCACUGCUCUCUACACACCACUGCUUUGAAAUCUGGUUGCACUGAGAAAGCUUUUUCUGUUUUUCUGCCAGGCACCCACGUGUGGUCAUUUUCUUUCCUCCUAAAGUUGAAGAAAAAAAAAAUGUUUGCUCGGAUUACUUAAUUAAAAAUGGCAAACAGAAUCUCA